UUUAAAAUGUUGAGCCAACGAGUCAAAGGAAUUGGUAAACGUAGAAAAGAUUAUAGUACUAGCCUAUUAGUAUAUAUAUAAGGCCAAAUCAAUGUUUGGUGUUCUUCAUUAAUUUCUUCCCUUUGAAGAUCGACAAAAAAAAUCAGAAAUCAAAGAACAAUCCUUCUAUCUAUAUUCUUCCCUGUUGUUUUGUUUGGGAGCACAAUUUUAUAGAGAAGAAAAAAACCUAAAAAGGAAAGUUAAGGUUGAAUACCAAAAUCAUGGCGACGAAGUUUUCAUGGGAGAAACUGAAGGGACUUGUACUUUCUCAACAUCAAAAUCAGAACAAGAAAGAUGAUAAAACAGUAAAUUUUCAUUAUCGUCCUUGUCCGAAGCUAUUAGAUGAUUUUACUCAAGCUUCCAAGGACUUGGAUGAAAUGAAAAAACGCAAAGAUGCGAUACUCUAUGCUGCUGCUGUUGCGGCAAGUAGUGCAUCUGCGUUCUCAGAAUCUUUGCGAGAAAUGGGUGCUUGUCUACUUGAGCAAAGUGCGGUGACUGAUGAUGAACAAAAUGGUAAUGAUCUCCGAAUGCUCAGUAAAGCGCAAUUUGAGCUUCAAGAACUUGUUGAUAGCUAUCGGUCUCAUAUUUUCCAGAUAGCAGCACCAUCUGAGUCCAUUCUCAGUGAACUAAAAACAAUGGAGGAAAUGAAACAACAAUGUGAUGAAAAAAGAAAUGCGUAUCAAGGCCUUUUGGCUGCCCAGACGAAAAUGGAAAAGUCAAGAUCUUUCAAGGGUAAAACCGAUUCAUCUCAGCAGUUGCAAACAGCUUUUAUUGAAUAUGAACGGGAGGCGAUUUGCUUUGUUUUUCGUUUGAAUUCAUUGAAAAAAGGGCACACCCGUAGUCUUCUAACACAGGCAGUUCAGCACCAUGCUGCACAGACUAGUCUCUUCAGCAAGGGACUAAAGUCACUCAAGGAAAUAGACCUGGAAAUGAGAUCAUCAGUUGAACAUCAACAUAAUGAUCACAACUCCAGUGGCCUACAGGAUCGCUAUAUGGAUAGAUGUGCCAGCUUGAGUGUCACUGGCAAUAAUUUACAGUACAUAUCACCCUUGGAACUAAAAAAGAACGAGAUAAAUUUAAGAACUGCCAAAACGAAUGAAAGCAACAUCGAAAGAGCUCACAACAAGUUAUAUCGUGCUUUGACAUCUCGGAAAUCAGGUCAGCUGUAUGAACUUCCUAGCCCCCCAAGUGCUAGAAAUACACCGGUAGUUCAAUCUGCUGAGGUGAGGAGAAGUCAAGACCUCUAUGCUACAAUAGAAAACCGGUUGACACCAUCAAGUGCAUCAAGUGCAUCAACAUCAUAUCCAUUACCCAUCCCCCUUACGACUGAGUACCCAAGUGACGCGAGAUUUUAUCACUCCGCUCCAUCAACAUAUCCAAAAUUACCAAGGUAUGCUAAAACCGAUGAGUUCCUAAGCUCCCAAUAUGUACAUAUAGAUGAUGGAAGAGUUUGUCACUCUGCUCCUUUAGAGAUAAGUCAAGACGUCUACUCUGCUGACGAAAUACCGUGGACACCAACGAAUGUCACAGCAUAUCGCCUACCUCCUGGGAGUGAGCUCCCUCGCGGGAACUACAUACCUUUAACUGACGAGAGAGCGAAAGCAAUACUUGGGAGCGAGCUUUAGACGUAGCCAAACACUUGUAGAGUACUUGCAAUAAAGUGAAUUAUAUAUGUACAGUUAGUUACUGCAUUACCUAGAUACUACAUUAUGUAAUUAUUGAAUAGGGCUACUGGUUCCAUCU